UGGCCUGCCAUCAGAAGAUUCAGGACGAGGGAGGUCGGCGCUCUCUCUCUCUCUCUCUCUCUCUCUCUCUGAAAGCGGAUAAAUGGAUGGGCGCAGCAGCCUUCCCCGCGUCCGUGAACAGAAAAUGUCGCGUUGCACCCACCACAGCCGCAGAGGCUGGCGUCCACUGGCUUCCCCUCUUGUCAGAUAUUUUUCGAACACAAAAGUCGGUUAGUUCCUAAAACCCUCACCAUAUAAACCCUUCAACUCCCUCUCCAACCGAUCAUUUUUUCCUCAUCUCUUGCAACCAGUUCGCUUUCCAUCUAUCCACUCUCUCCGAUUACUACUUGAGUUCUUCUUUUUCUUAAUUGAAGCCUUCACUGAUUUUCUUUGCUCACUUCGAUGAAUCCAGUUGACCCUCCAUAUCUUCGUCCCGCGGCAUCUCCGAUUUCCCCUUCUUCUUCUUCUUUUUCUUCUUCUUCUGUGUCUCUGGUUGAUUCGAAGGCCGUAGGUGCGUCUUCCCUCACAGCCAGGACGACGUCUUUUUUAGCAUCGGUGGCAUUGCCUCCUGAAGCAUCUGCUCCCAGGGGUUCAUUCACGGAUUAUUCCAAGGCUGAAUUUUCCUCUCUCGCGUAUCCUUCGAUGCAAUUUGGAACGUUAUCUGCUGUAAAUUCGUCCUACUUUGGUGCACCAAAGGAGUUCAUGGAAGGCUCGAGUGAGCAAAAGAUACCGAUUCUGUUGUCGGAAGCUGGAGGAGAUGCGAGCGAUGGUGGAUCCGAAAAUAUAGGUGUUCCACAACCUCUUGAAAGUCUGCUGGGUAAUCCAAUUCCGCCUUUUCUGUCAAAGACUUACGAUCUCGUCGACGAUCCCUCCCUCGACCCAAUCAUUUCUUGGGGGCCUACGGGCAAGAGCUUCGUUGUUUGGGAUACCGUAGAGUUCGCGAGACUUAUCCUUCCCCUGAAUUUCAAGCACAACAAUUUCUCCAGUUUUGCUCGCCAGCUGAAUACUUAUGGGUUUCGGAAGAUUGACACUGAUAAAUGGGAGUUUGCUAAUGAAAGUUUCCUGCGAGGGAACAGGAAUUUGUUGACAAGCAUUCACAGGCGCAAGUCACCUCAAUCCCAUAAAAUUGGAAGCUCUGUUGGCCACUCCACUGAAACAAGGAAACUUGAAUUGGUAGAUGAGAUAGAUAAGUUAAAGAAAGACAGAACCUUGUUGGUGCAGGAAGUUGUGGACUUGCAACAACAGCAGUAUGGGACACAUCAGCGGAUGGAAGCUGUGAGUCAGAAGCUGCAGUCAGCAGAGCAGAGGCAGAAGCAAAUGGUUUCUUUGUUGGCAAAGUUACUUCAAAACCCAGAGUACCUUGCCCAUCUUAGGCAAGAGAAAGAACGGAAAGAGAUUGGUUUCCCAAAGGUAAGGAAGUUUGUCAAGCAACCGCAAUAUGAACUGGCUAAAUCAGAGUCAGCUGUGGAAGGGCAAAUUAUGAAGUAUAGAUCCCAUUUGAUGAAUGUGGAUACUCCUGCAAUCCCAGAUUCAAAACCAUUACCAGUUACUCAAAUUGAGAAUGUUGCAACAGAUGAAUUAGCAGUGGCAUGUGAACCGCAUGAAACUCCAGAGCAGAUGAGGGAGCCUAUAUUGAACCUGGAAUCUCAAAAUACCGUUUUCAAAGGAAAGGACGUUGUAAGCCCCGAACCUGUGGUUAGUACCAAUUAUUUUGCAUCUUUUCCAGAGGAUUUGAGAGGGGAAAAUUUUCCAGAAUUUUCAUAUGCAGGGAUAGAAAGUUUCAGUAAACAAGAGGAUAUUUGGAGCACAGGUUUUGAUACCAGUACCAUUGUAUUAAGUUCUAGCAAUGAGUUAUGGGGUAAUCUCAUUAGCGAUGAUGUGCCAGGAUUCUCAAGCAGUCUGUCAGAGAUCUGGGAUGUAGGUUCUCCACUUCUGGAAGGUUCGAGAAUUAAAAAUUCACCAGGUGAUAAGCCUCCUUUCAAUAAGCUUGAGGUGCAAGAUGGUCCAAAGGAUAAUACUUCCAAGGAUAUGGAUCUGUAGGCUGCAAUUGCUCCAGCACUUGCUGGCCUUGUUUUCUGUGUCAUUUCCUUUCCUAAUUGUUCCCACAUAUUUGAUGACUUAUUUAAUAAAUAUAUUCAGUUGAUUUGAGCU